AUUUAAUAUUUGACAUGGACAUUAUGUGAAUGUUUAUGAUAAAUUUUGAAAGUGUGUUUUCUUUGAAUGAUUGAAUAUUAACUAAUUUAUACUUUUAUUAUUUUUAAAUAAUAUACUAAGGAAUUGGUAUAUAUACGAAAUCCAACAAUUAUUGAAAUAUAAAACAGUUCUAAUUCUGUCAUCAUGGUCAUGAAAGUAUCCUGAAGUAAUUUUUUUUUAUUUAAAAAUGAAUAAAUUCUUUACUCUAUUUGAAUCUAGACAAUUAUUUGGGUACUUUGGUUGUCGAUUUGCAUCUACUAAACUCACAGUUGAAGGAAAAGUAAUACCUAAGAGGAAAACUUUUGAAAAUAGAAUUACAUUAAUAGGACUUGAUAAUUCUGUUAGUAUUACAGAUUUUAAGAAUGCUGAAAGUCUAUCGCUACGACGUGACCUUAAAUUGGUUAAAGUUCAGGAUAUUGAUUCUAAAACCAGACGCCCUAUUUACAGGUUAAUGACUAAUGCUGACUACCACUCAGAGGAUUUAGAGAGGCGUAAAGAGAAACAGGAGGCACGUCAGAAAAAUGUUGUAAAACAAGCUAAACUGUUAAGUUUGUCAACAAAGAUAGGAGAUCAUGAUCUAAUGACUGGGGUUAAAAAGAUGAUAAAACUACUAGAAAAACAGCAUGAGGUUAAGGUAGUCAUAUCCGGUGAGGAUGAGCGGACUUCAAACAAUUCUGAGAGGCUAUAUUCAGUUAUAGAAAACAAUAUAAAAACGGUUGGAAAAAUAGUUCAAAAAAGGAACAAAGGAAAUAGUUUAAGAUUUCAAUUGCUUCCAAUAAAACAGAGCAGCACAGAUUCCACAAAUGAUGUAAAUAAUAGUCAAAAUGAUAAUAAUAAAGGUCCACUAUGACUAGCCGUCAUUAUCAUUGUAAUAUUAUCAACUAAAUAUAUUCUUCUAAAGCAAUAUUUGUCGAAAACUAAACAAAAUACUUUUGAUCGUCGUUGUGAUAAUGUAGAUAGUAUUUGGUUAUAUAAAUAUUAUUCUAACAAGAACAAAUAAAUAAAUGAAACGGCUAUUGUUAUUUAGUGCUAAUACUACAUAUUUAAUUAUUUUACAUCAAAUUACUUUGUUUUACAUGUAAAUGUUUCUGUAAUAAUGUUGGUAAAAAUACACAAAAUAUUUUUAAAUUAUUUAAUAUUGUGUUCAUUUAAUCAGUCACAAUUAUUACGCAACUUUAUAUACAACUUAAAAACGCUAUAAUGGCAAAGGCCAUGGCAAGGAAAUUCUCUAAUCUAUGCAUGUUACUUAUGUUUAACUAAAAAAAAAUCAUAAAUUAAUGUUUUAUCCAUUUGAAUUAUCACAGAUGCUUCAGAGAUCUUUAAAUCUUAUAUGGUA